AUGUUAGCAGGUAUGGUAGCAACAGCUAUGUCAGUAAUAAUAAGAUUAGAAUUAUCAAAUGGUAAUAGUCAAUUCUUAUUUAAUAAUAAUCAAGCAUUUAAUGUUUUAAUUACAGGUCAUGCUAUAGGUAUGAUAUUCUUAUUUGUAAUGCCUGUAUUAAUAGGAGCUUUUGGUAAAAUAAAAUAUUAUGUUUCUUUAAUGUGA